CACACACUAAGUGGAACUUCAUUAAACAUUCCUCACUUUUUAACUUUACUGCUCUCGUGCACAAAAACCACACAAAUGGUGGCUUUUUUGCUGAUCUUGCCGGAGAACAAGUGCAACCAUCGGCGUGAAGCUUGAACACUUUCCCAAUCUAUUUUUUUUAAUUUUUUUCCGCCCCCAAUUGUGGCUUUUUAAUUGAAAAAGGAUGCUGGUGUCCACUUGGAAUAAAUGCUGGCUGCUGCUGCUGCCUCUCCUCGCCAGCGCUUUGAGGACAGGGACGUGCCAGACCCCCGGGGGGCGACCUAAGCUUAACGCCAUCAAGUCGGUUCUACUCGCAGCGGAGGAGGAAGAGGCGCCCGCCGCAGCCGCCUCCAACCGCUCCGCCGCCGCAUACGCCAGCACCGGCCAGAAGCACAUCACCUUUGCACAGCAGGUGUAUCCGUGCAGCAACGACAAAGAGUGCAGCGUGGGAAGUUACUGCCACAGUCCUCAGCAGGCACCGUCUCGCUGCUUGGCCUGCCGCAGAAGGAAGAAGCGAUGCCAUCGAGACGCCAUGUGCUGCCCCGGCAACCGCUGCAACAACUAUAUAUGUGUGGCUAUCUCUGAGAGCGUGAUUUCGCCUCAUAUUUCCGCCUUGGAUGAACACAACAAGCUCUCCGCUAAAGACCACAGCUGGAGAAAAAGUGGGAAAGCGCACGCAAAGCAUUCUCUCAAAGGCCACGAGGGCGACCCUUGCUUACGUACCUCCGACUGCUCCGAGGGAUACUGCUGCGCCCGUCACUUCUGGACCAAAAUCUGCAAGCCGGUCUUGCGACUGGCCGAGGUGUGCACCAAGCAGAGGAAGAAAGGCUCCCACAACUUGGAGAUCUUCCAGCGCUGCGAUUGUGCCAAGGGCCUCUCCUGCAAGGUGUGGAAGGAUGCCACCUCUUCGUCCAAGUCCAGACUCCACAUGUGCCAGAAGAUCUGAAGAGGCGGAAGGGAACUUUUAUUUUCUAACUUUAAAAAUGGAAGUAUAGACGGACAGAAGGGACUGUGUGUUGCGCAGUUCAAUCUCUACUUGACUGCGACAAAAAAAUUUUUUGUGCUGCUCUCUGUUUAUAUAAAAUUGCUGUUUUCUAGAAUUUCUGACCGAUUCUGUCAUUUUAACAUUUAGAGAUAUACUGCUAAAAAUGACCAAAAUAAGCACCUCUGCCUCAGCUCUGGAUGCUCUGCCUUUAUCCUCCUCUUAGAUCAAAAGUCUUGACUCUGUCGAGAAAGAAAUAUUGUCAUCAAGUGUUCACGUGACAAGCAGUAAAUGUGCAGCAAAGUCCAUUUUCACACAUUUUUUAUUUUUAUUAUCACAUUCUAUUUCUUGUCCUUUUGUAACCAUUUCUACUAUAGAUAAGCUCCCAUAGUGUACAUAGAGUGGUGAUGAUAAUGUAUUUAAGAAACAAUGUAUAUCAUGUACAUAUAAGAAGAUAUAACGCCUAAACGGCACAGUCAAAAUAAUCUAGGUGAGCGAAGCGUGAAAGGAUGAAAUGAGGUUCAAACAAACAAGACGUUAUAAAGACGGUUGCCACAAAGUGCACAACACAAACAAACAUUGUGUAAAUGGUAUGUAUAUGGUGUGGUCCAACUAAAUGUUGUUUUAUGUGAAUAAUUCCUAUGGAUUUUUGCUUCUUGCAUAAGUACAAUGAUGAA